AUCCCAACAUCCUACUUCCCAUUGGAUUGGUGCUUUGUGGUGUGAAGGUUCUCUUUAUCAGCAGUUUCAUCAUCUACUACCUUUAUAAGGUUGACAUUGUGCUGUCGUUCAGGAGAGCGUUUCCAGUCCUCUAUACAAAUAAAGAUUUGGAUGAUAAGCUUUAUGAUGCCUAUGUGGCCUACCCACUGCCCUGUGCUGCUGGAUACAGCAAAGAUGUGGAGGCCUUUUCCAUUCAAACGCUGCCUCAAGUGUUGGAGCAGUCCUGCGGCUACAAACUCUUCAUACCAGGACGUGACUGCCUGCCCGGCCAGGCUGUAGUGGAUUCUGUGGAAGAGAACAUACAAGCCAGUCGCCGCCUCCUUCUGAUCUACACCGCCUCCACUUUCACCAGCAAAAGACACACAAGCAGCACUAGUAGCAAUAACAACAACAGCAGCGAAAACACUGAGAGCAUGAUGAAUAACACGAUUUUUGAUGGUAGUGAACAAGUCUAUGAAGACACAAGGCAGCAGUUGGAGUGUGUGGCAGCAAUGCACAGAGCACUGCUGGAGGGAUCUCUCAAGGUGGUUCUGGUUGAGUUGGAAGAGAUCACCCCGGCUCAGCUGGCUCUCUUCCCAGAGUCAGUUCGUCACCUGAGGACGAAGCAGGGCGCUGUGUGUUGGUGGAAGUACCAGAGGCCGACGCAAAGAUGGAGGACAUGUUUGAGGAGAAGAGAAGACGAGGAGAAAGAUGGACAGGACACAGACUUUUCGCCAUCCCUCUCCCCUUCCUUCAGGUUUUGGAAGGAGAUAAGGUAUCAUAUGCCAGUGAGGGGCAAGAGAGUGGUACACCCUGAGAGGACUGCCCUGCUGAACUUAUGAUGGGGGUUAUCCUAUAUAACUGUUGGACCAGAGAGUAGCUGGUUUCAGAUGCAAAUGUGUCUGGUAGUAAUCACAGACAAUUCAUAAAUACUGUGUGGUCACCAGAAUCUGUGAAAGUUGAGUCAAGGUUACCCCACAGAUGCACCAAAAUGUACUACAAAUUCAUCUCAGCAGGUACAUUUUUCCUUUAGCUUCCAAAAUGUGUAACUGCUCAAGUAGCACAUUUCAUGCUGUAACAAUACGGCACGUGCCGAAGGCAGAGUAACUGGUCAAGAAAGGGUGGAAGAUUCUUUUCUUGAAAACUCAACAGCAGUACCUCACACCCGAUAUGCAGAUCAUCACAGUGUCUGGGCUAUCCGGAGAUUGCCGGCAUCAAUACAUGAACUGUUGACAUACCCUGGCAAAUGAAGAAUAAAGUGGACAAAGGAAUGUUGAAACCAAAUGAAAAUGUGUGAAAUGUACAUAUGUUUGAUGAAAAGAUGUAAAUAUGUAAAACAAAACAAAAAGUCUACAACAUCAUGAGAGGUCAAGCAGCAAACUGUGAAUUUUAUCUCAAAUGUACUGCCAUUUCUUUAAUGGUAUUUAAGAGCAAAAGCUGAGGGAAGAAAACAAUUAUUAGAAAUGUAUUUAUUUUUAUUAAAUGCUAUUUAUAAAAGGCACAAACACCCUGCAUCAAGGCAGAAAAAGCUGUUAGGCUUAAAAUUAGGACAAACUGUGCAUUUUUCAUAAAAAUUAUUAUUUUCAUUUUAAUUGACGGCACAACUUUUUGUUUUUUGUUUCCCUUAGCAUUUUGUUUUUAGCAGUAUGCAAAAGCCUCCGAAUUGGCAAAGGAAACUCAAUUCAUUUCCUGAAGACGGUCAUUGUAUAUAAGCUUGUUUUGUCAAUAAAUGGGACAUUUGCAAA